AGUACCUCUGACACCAGCGGCAUCCUCCUCUGGCCAUGGCGCUGCCCUGGGCCCUUGCAGUCUUGAGCCUUCUUCCUGUGCUGGACGCCCAGAGCCCGGUGUGUCCCAAUUUCUCGGUGCCGAUCACCAAUGCCUCCCUGGACCAGUGGAAAUAUCUGCCCCAGUCUCCUCCAGCUGACGAUCCAGGACUAAGUUCUCAGUCUCCAUCACCUGCUCCUGCUUCUCCUCAGAUCUCUGGCAAGUGGUUUUAUAUCGCCUCGGCUUACCGCUUCCCCAAGUACAAGGAGGAAUCUCGCAAAAUCAAUGCAUCCUUCUUUUACUUCACCCCCAAACACAUGGAGGACAGGAUACAGCUCAGAGAGUACAUGACCGUUGCGGGUCAGUGCAUGUAUACCUCCACCAACCUGAGGGUCAACCGGGAAAAUGCGACGCUGACCAAACAUGAGAAUGACACAGACCAUUAUGGCCAACUGCUCCUGCCCAAGAACCCCACGAGCUUUAUGCUCGCUUCUUUCCCAGAAGACAAGCAGAAAAUGGGGCUGUCCUUCUUUGCUGACAAGCCAGAGGUGACCCCAGAGCAAAUGGAAGAGUUCUAUGACUACCUCACGUGCAUGGGCAUGGACAAGUCGGAAGUCCUGUACGGCGACGAGAAAAAGAAUAUGUGCCUGCAGCUGGAGAAGCAGCAUGAAGAGAGGAGGAGGAAGGAAAAGGAGAAGUCUGAGACAGGCUCAGCGUUGGAUUAGGACCUCGGGGACUUUGGGGGCCCAUCCUGAGACACCCCCACCCUCCCUUUGUGCCUCAGUUCUUUCCCUCAGUUGCACCAAUAAAGUUUCUACAUUUGGAAUAGG